GUGUAUGAAAAUUGAAAUUGUUUACGUUUUUGUUUUUUCAUGGCACACGAUUCUUGUUUAGGCACAGUGUGGCCGUUUUCUUAAAUCAAGAAGAGAAAAAAAUUUGCUCAUAGCAAUGGAAAAGGAUUUUCACACUGUCGAUUUUUUCAAAAAAUCAAAUUUAGUAAUUCCGGGGCAAAAACUGUGUACCAUUGAAGGACUUUUAGCAGGUCCAGGAACCUUUGAAGAAAAUGGAUUUAUUUAUGCUUCUAUAGCUGGGAUUUCUCAAGUUGUUAACAAAUUAAUUUAUAUUUCUCCAUUGGGACAUGGGAGGUAUGUUCCAAAUGCAAGAGAUAUAGUUGUUGGUCGUAUUGAUCAAAUAUGUAAUGAUCGCUGGAACGUGGAUAUUCGUUCGUUUACGAAAGGUCAUCUACCAUUAUCGGCCAUAGUCUUACCAAAUAACGAGCAAAGAAAACGUAGUUACGAAGAUGCAUUAGACAUGAGAAAAUUUUAUCAAGAAGGCGAUUAUGUUGUCCUCGAAGUUCAGAGGGUGUCCCAGGAUGGAACGAUACAUUUGUUGGCUCGAAACGCAGCCUAUGGCAUUCUUAAAAACGGAUCUGUUAUAUGUGUUCCACAAGUUUUAGUUCAACGUCAACCUCAUCAUAUGGUCAAACUUGAGUGCGGCGUUUUCACUGUUCUAGGAAUGAACGGUAUGAUAUGGGUAGGGUACCCAAAUACCUCCCAGGUUGAGUCGUUAAACUAUGCAUCUGUGACUUCGGACGACGUAACUGUUUCAAUAGAAUCGCGUGAGAAAAUUUGUCGAGUGAGAAACAGUAUAUUAAGCAUAGCGGCAACAUUUUUAUCUAUUACUAUUGAUUCUAUAAAUUUUUUUUAUGAACAAAGUCAAGCAUUAAAUCUUCAUGCAAAGCAAUUAUUAGAUAUCACAAACGCCUUAGCUUUGAGUGAAGCGUAUGCUUCUGUUGCGACCAAUGUCAACGUGGUCGCAAAAUAAUUAUUCAAGGUGUUUAUAUUAUGAACUCGGUAAAAAAAAAACUUUAAAACCAUUG